AUGGACGAUGUUUUAAGGAAAUUGAGUCUUGAACAUUUAAUUAACAAUUUCAACGAACAAAAAAUCUCGCCUGACAUUGUGUGCAAAUUAUCAUUGCAAGAAUUGGAAAAGCUGGGAAUUACCAACAAACAGAAUGUAAUGUCUCUCAGAAUUGCGUGCUCAACGUUCAGCAAAGGAAAACCAAUAAAGCUGAAUUCAGUCUGUGGUGCUCCAAAAUUCUUCAUACCAAAAGGGGUGCUGGAAUCAUGGUUGGAUGAAGAUUUUACUAUUGCUGAAAUAUCAAGUCUUUUGGGCGUUUCUGAAAGCACUGUUUAUCGAAGAAUGCGUGAGUAUGAAUUGACAUCUCUGACCAAGAUCUUGAUGAUAAA